AUGAACGAGGAAUAUGGUGCUGUGGCUGUGUGGAUAUCGUCACCCAGUUUAUACAUCUCUGGAUUAUGAUUAAUCGAUUGUCUAUAUAGCAGGAAAUGAGAAAAUGUUGAGAGUAAAUCUCUGUAGACUGUUGAAGAGGAAGAAUUACAUCUGGUAGUUUUUACUGGGCUCAGGAUGCAGCAUCCAAACACCAAGAAACACCUAGCUAGUCUGCGUCAAGGAUGGGUGAAGGAAAAGGACAAAACACUACCAAAUAAACUCACAGAUGCCGUAUCGGAUCAAAACACAAACGUACAGAUGGCAGCAUACCGAGGCAAUAAGAACAGUAUGGAUCUUGCUAUAGACCCACUGAUCAGCUGCCGAUUAUGUCUGUCCGAGUGCACCCUCCCAGAGAUGUACGAACUCCAUGACUGCAAGUGUUUGUAUUGUGAAAAGUGUAUGAAACAGUAUUUGCAAGUGAUGAUAGUGGAAGGCAAUAUCAUGGCUAUCACCUGUCCCGAUGCUUCUUGUAAAAAACAGGGACGCCUCGAGGCUUCGGAGAUCGCAAAUUUAGUGGAAGCCAAACUGUUCGAUCGCUAUAAGCGAUUGCGAUACCAGAGAGAGGUUGAUUUAGACCCUAACCGAACUUUCUGUCCGGAAGUUGGAUGCGAAACAGUUUGUCAUGUGUGCAGUACGUCAACGGGAGAAAGCUCCAAACCGAUAGCUGUUGAUUGUCCAUCAUGUGGGCUGAAGUUUUGCUCCAUCUGUAAGUCUGGAUGGCACACAACAAAGACCUGUGAUGAGAUGAUGCUGAGUGGGAGACUAGAGGAUGCUGGAAUCCCUUACAGUAGUGCAGAGGAUGCCUGCAUCAAACGGUGUCCAGUGUGCCAUGUACCAAUAGAGAGAAAUGAUGGCUGUGCCCAGAUGAUGUGCAAGAGAUGUAAACAUGUGUUCUGCUGGUACUGCUUGGCGUCACUUGAUGAUGAUUUUCUGCUGAGACACUAUGAUAAAGGUCCUUGUAAGAACAAGUUAGGACACUCCAGGGCCUCUGUUAUCUGGCACAGGACACAGGUGGUAGGAAUUUUUGCUGGAUUUGGAGUCCUGCUACUGGUUGCCUCCCCUUUUCUGCUGUUGGCAGCCCCUUGCAUCCUCUGUUGCAAGUGUAAGAUCUGUAAAUGCUGUGAAGAUGAUGAUGAACCUCAGCCACCAUUAUGACAUUCCAACAGGACAUUACCAUGGUAACCCAAGAUGUUGAUGGCUGAUGCUCAAAAAGAAAUCCAAAGAAUUGUAUUUAUUAAUGAGUUACAGUCUGUGACGCGUCUGCUUUGUGAUAGAAGGUAGAGGCCAGAGGACAUUAUGUGAUAUAAAGACGACUGAUGCUUUAUGAAUAUGUGCAAUUUACAUAUUCAAGCAUUUUCUACAUAUAUUAUUUUUCCAAACUGAAUAUGUAUGAUUAUAUGUUUGUAUAAACUGAUAUAUCUUUGCUGCUUUUAAUUUUACCUUUUAUGUGUUCUAUUCAUAAACGAUCUGUGUCAUGAAUAUUUAUUAGUGUGUCUAAUUAUAGCACAAAUCUUUAUCCUGAGUGAUGUAAUCACAUGCAUGCUAAUUAUAACUACUCAUCCAGAUCUUUUACUGAAGAUUCUGACAAGAAUAUUUAUCCUUAAAUUCACUUCUUUUUUUUUCUGAUUGCUGAAUGUGUAAUCUCCAUAUGAUAUUUGUACCAGUUUGCACAUAUCUUAUUUUAAUUGUUAACAUGAAAAUAUAGGGUUGACAACACAGAUUUGGAGAAAAGUUAUUUGUAAAUAAUUCUAUUUAAGUCAUGGCUUAAGUUUUCUGUUUAGUUUAGUUAUUUUUG